CAGACUUAAAACAGACAUCAUUGUUUUCGCACGCUCUUAAUUCGCGGAGUCUACGGACAUCUAAUUCUUGACCUCCAAGCAUUUACUACAAACAGAUAGGUAAGCUUUUUAUCCCAGCAUACGUGAGCCUCUACCACGAGCGAAGAAACUGAAGAAAGAUGCCAAACACAUAUAAUCAAGAAAUCAGUUUCUUUGUCAAUGGAAGAAAGGUCAUAGAGCAAAAUGCACAGCCUGAGAUGACUUUGCUUGAAUAUCUUCGAAAUCAUUUGGCAUUAACAGGCACCAAGCUUGGAUGUAGUGAGGGAGGUUGUGGAGCAUGUACUGUCAUGAUCUCCAAGUACGAUCAUGAAAAUAAGAAGAUCAAACAUUUUGCUGCAAAUGGUUGUUUGCUGCCAUUGUGUGCAGUUGAUGGCAUGGCUGUUACUACAGUGGAAGGUAUCGGAAGCACCAAGACUGCCUUGCAUCCGGUGCAGGAGCGGAUUGUUCAAUUUCAUGGAUCCCAGUGUGGAUUUUGCACUCCAGGAAUUGUUAUGUCCAUGUAUGCUCUGCUGAGGAACAACCCUUUACCGACACACAAAGAAAUGGAAAGUGCCUUUGAAGGUAAUUUAUGUCGAUGUACCGGAUACAGACCAAUAAUAGAAGGAUUUAAAACCUUCACAAAGUCGUACUCGGGUUUCGCUGAGAGCAAAACUGCACGAUUCAACACAAGUAAAACAGCAAGGAUUUCAACUUUAACACUGGUCAGACAUUUUGCUGCAAAUGGUUGUUUGCUGCCGUUGUGUGCAGUUGAUGGCAUGGCUGUUACUACAGUGGAAGGUAUCGGAAGCACCAAGACUGCCUUGCAUCCGGUGCAGGAGCGGAUUGUUCAAUUUCAUGGAUCCCAGUGUGGAUUUUGCACUCCAGGAAUUGUUAUGUCCAUGUAUGCUCUGCUGAGGAACAACCCUUUACCGACACACAAAGAAAUGGAAAGUGCCUUUGAAGGUAAUUUAUGUCGAUGUACCGGAUACAGACCAAUAAUAGAAGGAUUUAAAACCUUCACAAAGGAAUGUUGUGGGAAAGGCAUCAAUGGCUGUUGCUUAAACGUUAAUCAAAAUGAAGUCAUUGUUAAUCACACGGAAGAAAAUUCCGACCAAAACAUUCUCAAAGGGCCGCUUAAGUUAACUCCAUAUGACCCAACACAGGAUGUGAUCUUUCCACCUGAGUUGAUGCUUCCAGAGGCUGCCAAGCCAAAGAGUCUGUACAUUAAAGGAGACCUUGUGACUUGGAUCAGACCAGCAACAUUGGAAGAACUGUUAGAGCUGAAGAUGAAACAUCCAAAAGCUAAACUUGUGAUUGGUAACACUGAAAUAGAACAUAGCGUGUCAAUUGGUGGAAAUAUCAUGACUGCCAGUCCAAUAUCAGACCUGAAUCCAGUGGUCAUGGCCGCAAGGUGCACACUAAUGUUGGCAAAAGCUGGAGGAAAAACUAGGAAGGUAAACCUGGAUGAGGAUUUCUUUACAGGAUACAGAAAAACAAUCCUAGGACCAAGUGAAGUCUUGAUCAACAUCCUUAUUCCAUUUACGGAGGAGCGUGAAUAUGUUUUCGCAUUCAAACAAGCUCGUCGGCGCGAAGAUGACAUCGCCAUCGUGAACACAGCCAUGAGAGUGUUGCUAGAAAAGCCAACAUUUUCUCGCUCGUGGCAAAUAAAGGAUUGUAGUUUCAGUUUUGGAGGCAUGGCUCCUACAACAGUCAUGGCCAUGAAAACCAUCAAGGGACUCACUGGCAGACCGUGGAAUGAAAGCAUAGUUCAAGAGGCUUGUCAGUUGUUAGCUGAAGACCUGCCGCUCAAACCCGGGUCACCAGGCGGUCAGGUGGAAUACAGGAAAUCACUUGCUGCAAGCUUCUUCUUCAAGUUCUAUUUGAACGUUUCUCAGCGACUCAGGAGUAAUGAGUUAGUUGCUGGAGAUUUAGUACCAGAAACCUAUGAGAGUGGAACCAAACAUUUCCACAGAGAUGCUACUCGCAGUAUACAGACCUUUCAGGAAGUCCCCGAACAUCAAUCAUCAGAGGAUAUGGUUGGUAGACCUUUGCCUCACUUAGCGGCAGCGAAACACGCCACAGGAGAGGCAAUCUACUGUGGUGACAUUCCCAGAUAUACAGGAGAACUUUACCUGGGAAUUGUUUUUAGCACACACGCCCAUGCUAACCUCAUAGCUGUGGAUCCCAGCGAGGCGUUACUUCUCCCUGGUGUAAAGGCAUACAUUGGCGCAGAUGAUGUCCCUGGAGACAAUAUAACGGGAUUUGGUAACGAUGAGGAGGUUUAUGCAACAGACAAGGUAACAUGCGUGGGGCAAAUAAUUGGAGCUAUUGCUGCAGAAACCCAGGCUCAAGCCCAAAGAGCAGCAAGGAUGGUCAAGAUAACAUACGAGGACUUGCCUGUAAUAUUAACCAUUGAGGAAGCCAUAGCAGCCGAAUCCUUCUACGACAUUGACAUGUGCAUUCAGAAAGGAGACCUGGAAACUGGUUUUGCUGAAUCUGAUCACGUGCUAGAAGGAGAGAUAAGAACUGGGGGACAGGAACACUUCUAUUUAGAGACACAAGUCACCAUUGCUGUCCCUAAAGGAGAAGAUGGCGAGAUGGAACUUUUUGUCUCCACUCAAAAUCCAACAUUCACACAGGAACAGGUCGCAAAAGUCCUUGGAGUUGCUCACAAUAGAGUUGUAGUGCGAACAAAACGCAUGGGUGGCGCCUUUGGCGGAAAAGAGACACGGCACUGUUUCCUGACGAAUGCAGUGGCAGUGGCUGCUGCUAAGACUGGUAGGCCUGUGCGAUGCAUGCUUGAUAGAGAUGAAGACAUGAAGAGUACUGGAAUGCGUAGUCCUUAUUUAGCCAAGUACAAGGUCGGCUUUUGGCACAAUGGAAAAAUUAAAGCCUUAGACUUAACACUGUAUAACAAUGCAGGGAGCUCACUGGAUGAAUCUAAAAUGGUUAUGGAAAGAUCCUUGUGUCACAUGGAAAACUGUUACCUCAUUCCAAACAUUCGUGGGGUUGGCUACUUGUGUAAGACAAAUAUCGCUCCGUGCACAGGUUUCAGGGGGUUUGGUGUUCCGCAGAGCGUGCUGGUUGCUGAAUCUUGGAUCUCUGAGAUUGCGGUUACCUGUGGUAUUUCCCAAAGACAGGUUCGAGAAAUGAAUUUUUACAAAGAAGGAGACCUAACUCACUAAAACCAGAAACUGACCAGGUGUCACCUACAGCGAGUGUGGAACGAGCUGAUGCAGAAAUGCGAUUACGAAGAACGACGAAAACGCGUUGAUUCCUUCAACGGGAAAAGCCGUUGGAGGAAACGUGGGAUUGCUCUUACACCGGCUAUGCUUGGCAUGGGCUUCGCUUCCGCCACUAUGAAUCAGGCUGGGGCUCUAGUUCAUGUGUAUACAGACGGAUCCGUUCUUUUGACGCAUGGUGGAACAGAAAUGGGACAAGGACUACACACCAAAAUGGUGCAGGUGGCAUCUAGGUGCUUAGGAGUUCCUGUGUCCAGGAUCCUGAUCAGUGAAACAAGUACGAACACAGUUCCUAAUACCUCGCCUACUGCAGCUUCAGGCUCAUCUGAUCUGAACGGCAUGGCGGUUAAAAUUGCAUGCGAGAAAAUUCUGGAGCGGCUGAAGCCAUAUCAAAUGGAGAAUCCUAAAGGAAAGUGGGAGAACUGGGUAUCCUCGGCCUAUUUUGACCGCGUCAACCUUUCCGCAAAUGGAUUUUACAAGUAA